AAAAUCGUGAAACCAUUGAAGGAUGGGUUGCCUCAACUCAAAAGCCAAACCUAUUGUAGUCGAUAACAACCACUAUUCUUGGUCCGAUAAAGACAAAGUGGAUCCAAAAGACUAUACGAUAGCGAAUGUCAAAUAUGAUAGUGUCAUAAAAAGACCUGGAGACAUUGCUGGACAACAGUUUAUUGUGGAAAAUUGCGAUGUUGUGCUCCGAAACUGCAUCAGUUGUCGUAUAAUGUGUUGCUCUCAACAGUUCCGAUCCAGAGAUUGCAAAAACAUUGAAAUAUUCUUAUACUGUACCACACAACCGGCCAUUGAAUCCUGUUAUGACCUCACAUUUGGGUGCUUUUCCGCCAAUUAUAAAGGAUUAGAGGAUCAAUUCAAAAAAGCCAAUCUCUGUGUAUUAAACAACAAUUGGACUAAUAUUUAUGACUUCACUCUUAAUGAUGAGGAACAGCAUUGGAGUCUAUUCUCAAACACAGUGAAAGCCGAGGACUAUUUCUCAGGAAUUCCGAGUGAUAAUGAUAUGGACCUAUCAUUUAAUUGGAUGACAAGUGUUGUCCCGAAAACAUUGGGCUCAAUGCCGACGGCUAAUGGCAUCAGUGGAGAGCUCUGUCUUAUUCUGAUCAUCGCUGGAGAACAGACUCAUAAGACUGCCAUUGAUUUGAAUAAAGAGAUGCAAACAGAAUCUGAGGUUUAA